AUGAUUAGAAAAGGACCAAAGCCUAUUCCAAAUGUUGAUACAAAGGAUCGAACGACAAACUUUGAUAAGGAAUCAUUUGACAUCACUAAGGAACAAGAAGAGGUGAUUGUAACAAAUGCUAGAGCCAUAAGCUUACUCUACUGUGCAGUUAGUGGUGAAGAGUAUGGAAAUAUAUCUAAAUGUGAGACUGCAAAAGAAAUGUGGGACAAGCUGAAGGUUACAUAUGAAGGAACUACUAAGGUUCGAGAAAACAAAAUUGAUGCUUUACAACAUGAAUAUGAAGCAUUCAUGAUGAAAGAUGAUGAAAACAUUGAAGGAAUGUUUGCUAGACUCAGCAAGAUUAUUUGUGAACUGAAGUCCUUAGAAGUCACAUACACAAAUUCUCAACAAGUAAGAAAGCUUGUCAGGAGUCUUCCAAAACCAAAUUGGGAAACCAAGGCUAUUGUACUCAAAGAUAGAAAUUUGGACGUCACUUAUGAUAAACUCAGGGGAAAUCUAAUGACCUUUGAAAAAAAUCAUAUUAAUAGACAUCAAAAGGAAGAAAAGAAGAAGGUAGUUGCCUUCAAAACUCAAGUUGAAGAAUUUGAUGAUGACUUCAAGGAAGAGGAGGUGGCUAUGAUAUCCAGAUCUGUUGUGAAGGCUAUGAGAAGAUCAAGAAACAACAGAAGGGGAAGCUCAAAUUUUCGCAGAGGCCCUCCAAAAACUAUCAAAAGCAAAGAGCUUUUAGCAGUUGGACUGAAGAUGAGUGAAACUCAAGAAUUGCUUGAUCAAACUCUAGCAGAUUUAAAUAAAGUUUUUGAUGAAUAUAGGAAACUUCAAAGAGAAAAGAAAGACUGGGAACUUAAGCUAGAAGUAGCUGAAAUAGAAAGGGAUCUUCGUCAAGAAGAAAUUUAG